ACCUUGGGAAUGGCAAAAGUUAAUAAGGUGCGAUGCAAGGCUGAUUCCCGGCGGCACAGAGUGAUGCCAUAUGUGUUGUCACCUUGCUCCUGGAAGGCUGGUAAAGAUUGCCACUUGAAGAAAAACCAUUCAAAAGCUUCAGAGAAAAAAGAUCGGGAAGGUGCAACCUGCUCUGUUUGUCUGGAGCAUCCUCACAAUGCAGUGCUUCUCCUUUGCUCCUCUUAUAACAAGGGCUGCCGUCCAUAUAUGUGUGCCACUAGUCGCCGUUUUUCCAACUAUCUUCAACAAUACAAGAAAUCUUAUACAAAAGCAACUCCUACAGAAGGGGUUCCAGAACUUUUAUGCCCACUUUGUCGAGGGCAGGUUAAGGGUUGGACAGUGGUGGAACCAGCUCGUAAGCUUCUCAAUGCCAAGAAAAGAACCUGCAUGCCGGAUAAGUGCUCAUUUGCUGGAACAUAUAAGCAGCUCAGGAAGCAUGUUAAGGCAAAGCACCCUUUGGCACGACCCCGAGCUGUGGACCCUGUACUCGAAGAAAAAUGGAAGAAGCUUGAAUGUGAAAGAGAGCGAAACGAUAUAAUCAGCACAAUUAUGUCAUCGAAAGCAGGGGCACUAGUACUUGGUGAUUAUGUGAUCGAGCCGGGGUAUAGUGGUGCUCAUAACGAUUACGAUUCUGAUUCUGAUUCAUCCCUUGGUGAUGGUUUCUUAUCUUUGGGGUCGUUUGAUAGAGGGCAGAGUAGUGGCACCCGCUUUCGUAAUGAAUAUCACCUGGACUAUGAGUCACUGGAUGAGGAGGAUUAUGGGAUGCGCCGAUCUGGGGCUAUGGGUUCUGCAGCAAUAUCUGGACAUGGUUUUCACAGGAUACUGCUGGAGAGACCAAGGAGGCAGUGGUCUAUAUACAGGUAG